AUCAUUGAAACCCCGUUUAGGUCAAGCUCGCAGUUAAAAAUGGAUUUCGUCCAGUGCGCUUGAGUACAGCAGGAGCUGAAGCUUUGUAUUACUAUAAUGCGAGAACACUUUUUACUCUGAAAGGCUGGAUAACUGAGAAGACCAAAGUCGUAGUUCGAAAUGCCGGGUGUAUCGCGACAAGUCUGUUUGAUAUUGGCCAGCUUUGUAGCUUUCUGCGAAUCGGCUUACAAGAUUGGAGUGGGGAUAGGGGAUGUGACUGGUCCAGCGGUUGGAAUCCCAUUCAUGGGCUACGCAAACCUCAGGCAGAGGGGUGAGGGAUUGCAUUUGCGACAAUUUGCAAGAGCUUUCAUCAUAGGUGACUCCUACGAGAAACUCGUUUUCGUGAGUGUAGACGUGGGAAUGGGCGCACACGGAGUCCGAAUGAAGGUGCUGAAGCGGCUGAGGGAAAAAUUCGGCGAGGAGUUCUCGGAGAGGAACUUGAUGAUAAGCGGGACGCAUACCCACUCGGCGCCAGGCGGGUUCCUCAUGCAUUUCAUGUUCGACAUUAGCACCAUGGGCUUCGUCCCUGAGACUUAUGACGCCCUUGUUUCCGGCAUUGUUACGAGCAUAACCCGGGCGAGGAGUAACAUGCGGAAAGGAAGUAUAUUUUUCUCGACAGGAGAAGUUUUGGACGCCAAUACGAACAGGAGUCCAUCCGCUUAUGACAACAAUCCAGAGAGCGAAAAAGCCAGAUUCGAGUACAACGUGGAUAAAAGGCUGAUUCAGAUGAAAUUCGUGGCGGAAACGGGUCAACCGAUGGGCGUGCUUAACUGGUUCCCGGUGCACCCAACCAGCAUGAACAACACCAACACCCUCAUCUCCAGCGACAACGUCGGUCUCGCCUCUGUCCUCUUCGAACAGCAGAUGAAUCCGGGACGUUCUAUCGGCAAAGGCCCUUUUGUUGCAGCGUUCGCCUCGAGCAACUUGGGGGACGUGUCGCCGAACCUACGAUCGCCGGUCUGCCUGAAAACCGGGGAGCCCUGCGACAUGCUAACGAGCUCCUGCCCGGACGAACAUGACAUGUGCGUCGCCCUCGGACCCGGCGAGGACAUGUUCCAGAGCACAAAAAUCAUCGCUCAACGGAUCCUCGCCACCGCUAUAUCUCUUUGGAAUGAUCCUAACUCAUGGGAGAUCAAAGGACCCGUCCGGAUGGUUCAUCAAUUUGUGAACAUGGCUAAGCGGGAGGCAACAUAUCAAGAUCCAAAUACUGGCCAGAUCCGACAGGUGCACGGUUGCAAGCCAGCUAUGGGCCAUAGUUUUGCUGCAGGGACAACCGAUGGGCCUGGUCUUUUUGCGUUCAAGCAAGGAACCAAAAGUCCGGACAAUCCACUCUGGAACUCUGUUUCCAGGAUACUGCCCAACGCUUCAGCAGAGAGUGUUUCCUGCCAUGGAGGAAAACCAAUCUUGUUAUCCACAGGCGAGAUGAACUUCCCUUUCCAAUGGCAACCGGAGAUCGUGCCGACGCACCUGGCGACGAUUGGGCAGCUGGCGGUGGCCUGCGUGCCGGGGGAGUUCACGACGAUGGCCGGCCGCCGACUCAGAACCGCCCUCCGCAAUCGCCUCGGCCUCGCCGACGACACCCACGUUAUCAUCGCCGGCCUUUGCAACGAGUACAGCGACUACAUCACCACGCCCGAGGAAUACGAGGUGCAGCGUUAUGAAGGUGCGUCAACAAUUUAUGGCCCAGAAACACUACCACUCUACAUCAGGCAGUACGAGGACCUGGCUGAUCAUAUUCUUCGGAAAAUGGACCCAGAGCGGGGCCCAGUUCCUCCUGAGUUUCUAAACAAAUUAAUUGUUCUCACACCACCUGUUUUAUACGAUGCUCCACCCUACGACCAAGACUUCGGAGCUUGUUUACAACAUCCACCACUGAACGUCACCAGAGGCGAAACUGUCAACACUACGUUCGUCUCGGGGCACUUGCGCAACAACAUGAUGCGCGGCUCCAGCUUCCUCCUCGUCGAGCACCUUCCGAUUAACGGGAACAAGUGGGAGGUCGUCGCCACCGACGCCAACUGGGAGACCAUCAUCACGUGGAAGCGGCAAUCACUGCUACUGGGUACUAGUGCGGUGGUGAUCAAGUGGACGGUGCCUGAGGACGCGCCGUUUGGGAAGUACAGGAUCAAACACCAAGGCUACAGCAAACCCGUCAUCGGGGCCCUGCACCAGUAUCAAGGGCUCAGCAGAGUCUUCCAAGUUGUACCCAAAGAUCUACCCUAUUCAUACGAUGUCCCGCAAAUACACGAGUGAUCCUCUCAA